AUGAAGUUCGCCGCCGCCGCCAUGGCAAUGUUCACCGUCGGCGCCCUGGCCGCACCGCAUUCUGCAGGCAGUGUCUCUUGCAGUGACCAGAAGUUGACCUGCCUAAGGGUCGAAGGGGCCGUCGACGCCCUCUUGGAGGCGCGUGACGAGCCCAGCAGCGUUGAAAGCGCGGCCGCCGAGACGGCCAAAAGAGGCAUCAGCGAACUUGCAACCUUGAUGGCCCUGAAGGCUGACGACCCAGAAGAGUUUCUCAAACAACUGGGUAUAGGGCUUGAGACCAAGUCUAGCGAGGGAGGCACCAGGGACAAACGCGAGGCUGCCCCUCAGCCAUGGUGUCGGAGACGCGGCUGGUUGUGCUGGAAGCGGGAUCUUUCGAGCGUCGGCGAGGGCAAGAAGAAACACGAGACUGACGCCACAAGCUGCUGGUAUCCCGGAAACUUGUGCUGGAGGGCCAAGCAGGCUGCGGAAGUCGUGCUCAAGGCGGCGGGCCUGAACGGGGAUCCGACAACAUUCGUGGACACGCAUGAGGCUGGAUGCCUCCGCCCUGAGGAUCGGUGUAAGGCGUCCAAGCGAGACGUCGACGCCAUCCAGGCCGUCGCGCGCAGAAUCACAUCCUCACUCGAAUAG